GAAGUCACUCCAUACACAGGCAGCAGGCAAGCCCUCGGGUGUAGGUCCUGCACAGAUUUGAAGCCAAGUUCCUAAGCAAGUUUGCCAGGCUAAAGGCGAUGACGGAGGAGAUUAGAUGCAGAAAUGGCUAAGAGCAAUAAGGCGGACCUGGAGGACAGGGCCUGGAGGGCCUGUAAAGGUGCCAUCAACGUCCUAUGGCAGUCUCAUGCCUCCUGGUGCUUUAGGGAACCAGUGGAUGAGGAAAAGCAUCACGCGCCGGGCUACUAUACAAUAAUCAAGGACCCGCAGGACCUCCUAACCAUCAAGAACCGCCUGGAGGCAAACAAAUAUGCCUCUCCCCAUGAGGUCGACGCGGCUGUACGACAGAUGUGCCAAAACGCGUUUACUUACAAUGACGCCGCGCAUGACGUGCACAAAAGUGCUCGGCUCGUGCUGGAGCAGUGGAGCGAGCAGUGGGAUUCGCGGCAUGUGGAGGCGCUCUGGGCGGUAGCCAAAGACCCGGGUAACCGUGUCGCCCUGCCGCCUUCACGCGGCCGGCGGAGUGGCAGCGUUGGGGCGCAACCCAACCAUACCCAGGCGCAACAGCAGCAGCAGCAGCCGCUGCUGCAUACGGGGCAACAGCAGCAGCCGCAGCAAGGGCCUCCCCAGCCGACGACGGGCGAGCAGCAGCAGCGGCAGGUGCAGAUGCUAGACAUUCAGCAACAGCUGCUGAGGAAACAACAGCUGCUGCGACGGAUGCAGGAGCAGCAGCAGCAGCGGACGCAAAAGGAGCAGCAGCAGCAGCAGCAACAGCGGACGACGCAGGAUAGGCAGCAGCAUGGGCAAGCAGCGCCAGCCGGAGCACACAAGCCAAGGCUGGAAGGGCAACAGCAACAACAGCAGCAGCGGCAGCAGCAGGUGCAGGAGCAGCGGAGGCAGCGGCAGCCGAGCACUACAUCGCAGCCCCGGCCUGGGGGGGUCGCCGCAGCGCGUCAGCUGCCUUGGACGCCGGAGGCAAUCUUGCAGGCGCGCCUGAGCGACAAGAAGUACGACAUGAGCCCCCUGCCGCUGCUGCAGUCGCUGCUGCGUGCCGCCACCUGGCUGCCGCCGCUCUUCCUCACAUGCGGCGGCCUGCGGGCGCAGAUGCUGGGAGGCCGCACUUCCGACCCCGAGCUCCUGCUGGUGCGCUGCUUGUGCCGCGAGUGCGGCCGACAGGAGUUGCCCGGCUACAUGCCGCUGGUGCACUUCUACAUGCAUGCGCGCGGGCAGGCGGCGGAGGCGGCGGGACUGCAUGAGCCGCACAGCCCGCAGCCCUCUGAAGGCGCUGGAGCUGCUGCUGGUGGUGGUGCUGAGGCUGCUGGUGGUGCUGCUGGUGGUGGUACAUCUACAGGGGGGACAGCGGGGCAGGAUAGCGGUACGGGGGCGGCGCGAGGGGAUGGCACCAGCGGUAACGGUAACGGUGUGGUAGCUGGGAGCACGAGAGAGGAGACGCCGGUGGAGGCGGCAGGAACAGGAGCAGGGGUAGCAGCAGCAGCAGGGGUUGGUGGGGGCGGUGAGGGCGCACGGGUACGAGUGGCUGACCUGGAGGUGCUGAAGCUGCGGAUCUGGGGGAGUCUGCGGUGCGGAGGAAGCGUGGAGACGGCGAAUGAGUUUCCCUUCCUGGACGCCAUGCGCCAGCGAGCUGAGGCGGCCGGGGGCGCCAAGCUGGUGGGCCGCCGCAUCUGGCUCUACCACUUCAGUGAGCUGCAGGCCAAGCCGUACGGCACCUGGCUGGCGGGAAAUAUUACGUCGUACAAGCCGGAGAGCGGGGAGCAUGAGCUCCGCUACGACCACGAACCAUUCGGGCCGCUGGAGGCUGUGCAGCUGGGCUGCAACUUCGCGCACCUGGGCGACCGAGCGCCCCUGCCCGGACAGGCGCUGGGUUUGUCGGAUGGCGGCAGGGUGGUGCCUGGCCUGCCGGCUCGCUUGUUCGCGCCCUCCGAGCCGCAGCAACGGGCUGCCCCAACCACCCGGCCCGACUCCAGGCUCGCUGCCUUGUCCGACGUAGCAGCAGCCCUUGCCGCCGCCCGUGCGGACACCCUACGUCCCCGCAGCGGCAGCGCCCCUGCUGCGCUCGCCGCCCCGCCGGCUGCUGCAGCAGCUGCUGCUGUUCCGGCCCCGAUCAUUGUACCGCCGCAGCCGCCAGCACAUGGCACCGCUCCGGGUGCCGCUGCUGCUGCUCCGGUAGCCCAGCUGCAGCCUGCACAUGGAGGCGCUCCGGCUGCUGUUGCUGCUGUUACUGCUCUGCAACCGCCCCAGCGGCCGCCGCCGCCCGCAGCGCUGCUGGGCGCCGCGGACGCCCCCAUUGUAAUCGACGAUGACGAAGAGGAGGACGGCCACCGGGGCCGCGGCGGAGGAGGAGCAGCAGGGGGUGUGGUUGCUCCCUCGUCAGUGGGUUUCCAGCAGCCAGCGAACCAGCCCUCCCAUGCAGGGGGACACCCGCAUCCGUACCAUGCCCCUCCUCCAGCUGCUGCAGCUGCUGCUGCUGAGGCUGCUCCUGCUGGGGUCGCUCAUGUGCAGUAUGCGAGGCAGCAGCAGCAGCACCCCUAUGCGCCGCCGCAAGCGCAGCAGGUGAGGGCGGCAGUCGUUGCUCCUCCCGUCGGAGCUGCACACGUCGGGUCGCGUACGUUAUCGCCGGCGGCAGCAGCAGCAAUCGCAGCAUCAACGGCAGCAGCAGCGGGAGCGGGAGCAGCAGCAAGCGCAGCUGCAACAGCAGCAGUGGGAGCGGGAGGAACGCAACAUGUGGCUUACGGUACAGGCAUAGAAGCAGGGCGGCCCUACCUGCCAGGUCGUCAGGGGGCUGGGGAGGUGGCGCAUGCAGCAGCAGCCGGAUCAGGCCAGGGACCUGCAGUGGCGGCGGCGGCGACAGCGGCGGCGGCUGGCACGGCAGGAGCAGCGGGACUGCCCAUUGCCCCGGGCGUCGUCUCCUCCCGGGGCACGGCUUUGGCGGAAGCGGUGCUUAGCACGCUACGAGAUAUAGCGCCGCGCUUUCCCGAUACAGCGAUCAACUUGAAGAUGGAACGGGAUGUCGUAAGCAUGCUUCUGAGAAGCUUGUUCACGCCCGAGCAAAGGGCACGCCACGACGCCGGAGACCAGUUGGUCCGCAGCCAGCUGUAUGUAGAAGUCAUGGCGUUCGUGGGAUCCAACCCGGUCGUGCACCAGCGGGUGCUAGCUGCUGCACGCAAGGAGAAGCGCAGGAUGGUGGACAACCAAUUGGCGCUCCAGGCGCGGUCGCUCACGGCGCCCCAUGCCGCACCGCCCCCGCAUGCCGCACCGCAGCAGCAACAACAGCAGCAGGCAGCACCACCCGCACCCGCAGUACAACAUGCGGUACAACAUGCCGUACAACAGCAACAGCAGCUGCAUGUGCAGCAUGCUGUACAACAGCAACAACAGCCUUCUCAUGUGUCGCAACACCACCCACAGCAACAGCACCACUCGGCCCAGCAGCAGCAGCAGCAAGUGCCGCACCCUUACCCUCCACAUCAGAUGGUUGUCACCACGCAGCUGCAUGGGGCAGCAUCGCCGCCGCCGCACGUGCAGCAGCCUCAUGGGGUUCCGAUCUCGCCGAGAGCAGCGGCAGCAGCAGCAGCGGCCGCUGCUGCUGCUACUGCCCAGCACUACCAAUUCUACCUUCAAAACCAGCACAUGCAACAGAUGCUCCUACAACAACACCAGCAACGCACGGAGCAGCAGCAGCAGCAACAACAACAACAGCGACAGGGGCCGCCGCAGCAACCGCAACCUCAGCAGCAGCAGCAGUACCCGCUACAGCAGCAGCCCCCGGCCGUGCAAGCCGCUCAUGCGAGCUUGCCUCCGGGCGCGGUACCCGUGGCGCCGCACGUGCCAACGCAGCCACCGGUCACUUACGCAGCUCAUCCAGGAUUGCAGGCACCGUACGGCACGGCGGUUCCGCAGGGACACCCUCUUCACCCUCCUCACCCUCACCCGCAGGCGCCACCCGCAGUACCCCCCGUUCCGGCUCCCCAGCUUCAAGCUGCGGCAGCCGCUGCAGCAGCCGCCGCUGCAGCAGCCGCCGCCGCCGCCGCAGCGACAGCGGGGCCCCAGGCGGGGGGUGUUGCGGGGGUGCCUCGCACGGUGUCAGGCUCCUCACCUCGCUACCACAUGCACAACGCUGCGGCUGCCGCUGCGCCGCCGCCAGGGCAGCUGCCUCUGUCGGCCGUACAAGUCGCUGAAGUGGCUUCACACCACCAGCAGGCUGCCAAGCGCCCGCGCCUAGAGGGUCAUGGCUCAAUACCCGAGGCGGCCGUCAUGAUGGCUCCAGGACCCCCUCAGCCACCGCCCGUACAACCCCACCACCACCACCACCACCCACAUCAACCACCCCACCACCACCAACACCCCAUGGAGUCCGACCAGUACUCCCCCCGCAGCCAAACGCCCUUCCCAGCAGCGCCCUCCACAGCAGGCG